GCUGACGUUUCUUGUUUUCGGUGGAAGUGACGCAGAGCUGCCUGAGUAAAAUACACACAGUGAAAAUCAGCUGCACUUUCGAUAAAAAUAGUAUCAUUUCGUCAAGUUUUUCAAAAUAAAGAAAUGUUAUAUAGCUUAUAAUUUAGUACACUAUAUCGAACUAUUUUACGUUAUCACUUAAUAUUUAAAAAAUGUUUAAAAGUAGUCGAAGGCAUGAAUAUGACCAGGAUAUAUUUGGAAUGUGCAGAGGUGAAACGCACACUUAAAUCGUUAGCUAACGUGCAUAUGGAAACCAAUCACAACAAACUCGCCAUAUUCAGCGCCAAAAAUAAAAGCAAUAACUGUUACAUGAACCCCCGAUAUGGCCACUGGUGAUCUCAAAGGGUGUCUCAGGAAGCUGGAAGCCUCUCUCCGCUCUCUAAAGUAUCCAAAAGAAGUGGACUAUCAAAGACUGGCCGUGGGGGAUCCGUCAGCAUGUCUUCCUAUAGUGAGCUAUGCCUUCAUUUCCUUUUCUCCCUCACUCACGGAGUACCUGGUCGAAUAUGGCGUAGAACUGACUGGAAUGAAUGAUCUGCGAUUUAUUGAAAAUUUCUACAAGGUCUUGCGAGAUGUUUUCAGCUAUAAACCACUGCUGACCAAGCAACAGUUCCUUCAGUCUGGCUUUGCUGAGAGGAAAGUCACCAUUCUCUGUGAUAUUAUUGGCUUUGUGCUCAACAAACACAAAGAACUUACUAAAGACAGCAAGAUUGCCAAUAAGCCAAAGAGAAGGUUAAAGAGGAGCACUGAAAAUGAUAACCCUUCAGCUGAGAUGGACUCACUGGGAUUAACACCUUUAACGGUUCUUCAGACGCAGCCACUUGUGGAAAGGCACCUUGGCAGCAGUUCAACACCAACACAGAUCAGAUUUUCUUCAGAUGAGCAGCCACAGCAGGAACAGGAAAUUGAAAAGAGAGGAACAGACAGUGGGCCUUUUCAGGACUCGCCUGAACCUACAGAUUCUGAUAAAUGUGUUAUAGAAAGCAUGUUGAGCGGGGUGGAGGCUAGGCUUCUGGAUACUGUCAGCAGACUGGAGCAGCGACUGACCUUCAUGGAUCACAGGAUACAUGCCCUGGAGAAAAGCCUGGCUGGCAAGAUUGUCAUUGAGAGCAAGCAGUGGGAGAACUUGGAGAGUCGUGUGUUGCUGCUGGAAACCAGGAUGGCGUUGACCUCGGCACAGGUUCGAGAGUUUAACAUCUGUUUGGAACUACAUUUCAGGUUGUAUUUCAGUGAAGGCCGAGUGUUGCAUUAG